UCGAUGGCCGACCUCUUUGCGUCGAUGUCCGAGACGUCGUCGCGGCCGGAGGCUCCCCCUGGUAGCGGCGCUUCGCGGCUGCCGGCGACGACGCGGGACGGCUACGCGGCGUGGCACGAAACGGGUCAGGCACCGCGGGAGAACGAUCGCGCGAGUUCUAUCCAGCAGGGUGCGCCGGCGUCGACGACGAACGGUCCGCCCGCCUUGCCGACCUCGCCGCCAGUUGGCGCCACUGUUGCGGGCUUGGCGGCGACGGAUCUGGGGUCCCUCCCUCCAGUGGAGCGAGGGGAGAAGCCAGGGGAAGGUUUCGACCGCAAGAAGUACAUAGAAGCGAUGUUGAACGGAGAGGAAGACCUCGCAGCGUUUACGACCUGGAAAACGUCGCCCGGCAACCGCGAGCAGCAUCCGUCGCCGCGGAAACCGGCCGCACCGACGAGUAGAGGGUUCGGCGAGGUGUCGUCGUCGUCGGGGAGGCAUGUUAGUGCGGCUUCUGAACUAUCCCCGCCGGUCACCCCUGCCUCCGUGCGCGCACCCUGGUCCAACACAUCCCCGCCGGUCACCUCCGUGCGCGCACCCUGGUCCAACACAUCCCCGCCGGUCACCCCUGCCUCCGACCGCGCUCCCUGGUCCAACACAUCCCCGCCGGUCACCCCUGCCUCCGACCGCGCACCCUGGUCCAACACAUCCCCGCCGGUCACCUCCGCUCGCGCACGCUGGUCCGUGACAUCCCCGCCGGCCACCGUGCGCGCACCCUGGUCCAAUACAUCCCCGCCGGUCACCUCCGACCGCGCACCCUGGUCCAACACAUCCCCGCCGGUCACCUCCGACCGCGCACCCUGGUCCAAUACAUCCCCGCCGGCCACCGUGCGCGCACCCUGGUCCGCCCCAUCCCUGCCGGUCACCACUUCCUCCGCUAGCGCACGCUGGUCCGGCGCAUCCCCGCCGGUCACCACCGCCUCCGUGCGCGCACCCUGGUCCAACACAUCCUCGCCGGUCACCACUUCCUCCGCUAGCGCAUCCUGGUCCGCCUCAUCCCUGCCGGUUACCACUUCCUCCGCUAGCGCACGCUGGUCCGGCGCAUCCCCGCCGGUCACCACCGCCUCCGUGCGCCAACUCUGGUCCGGCCCAUCCCUGCCGGUCACCACUUCCUCCGCUCGUGCAUCCUGGUCCGACACAUCCCCGCCCGCCACCACCGCCUCCGUGCGGCAACUCUGGUCCGACUCGUCCCCUGCGGUCGCCACGACGACCGCUGGGAAGCUGCCGAACGGAUUCACCAUGCUCGUCGACGGACGCGAGAUCAAGACAGAGGGCGCCAGCGGCGGGGAAGGUGCGCUGAAGGAGGAGGCGGAGGCGGAGGCGGAGGCGGUCGCUCGCGCGGCGCUGGGGAAGGUCGGCGAGGACUACGAGCGUCUCAAGUUCAACAUCAAGGAGGAGGUGCCGUCGUGCGACUGCCUCGGACCAGGUUGGGAGCAUAUCAAUGACGAGAAGCUUGAGGGUCCUUACUACACUCACCUCGGCUCAGCCUGCGACAUACCCAGCAUCCGGAAGCUGAUGGAGGAGAGGACCGGUGCGUCCGGUAGUGCAAUCCGCAUCGAGAAAUUGCGAUACACGGGAAAAGAGGGCGCCAGUGCACAAGGUUGCCCCAUCGCGAAAUGGAUCCUGCGGCGCGUCUCGUACGACGAAAAGUACAUGGUGCUGGUGAAGCAGCGACCGCACCACCGCUGCGAGAACGCCGUCAUCAUCAUGGGAACCGUCGUGUGGGAAGGCGUGCCGCGCGCGCAGGCCGACGAACUCUACGAGAAGGUGUCCAAGACGGUGGUGACCAACGGCAUUCCGACCGUGCGACGCUGCGGCAUCAACGAGUAUAAGACGUGUGCGUGUCAGGGCACGGACCCGGACACGUGCGGGGCGUCAUUCACGUUCGGCUGUUCCUGGAGCAUGUACUACAACGGCUGCAAGUUCGCGCGCAGCCGAAACCCGCGCAGGUUCAAGAUGGUCGACUCGAUGCACGAGACGGAGGUGGAAGACAAAAUGCAAUCGCUCGCUUCACAUCUCGGCCCGAUCUACAAGGCCGUCGCUCCGGGCUCCUUCAAAAACCAGGUGCGUCUUUUUCUUGAACUUCGAGAAUCUUACCACGAACUUCCUGAACUUGUGCCCUCGUCAUUGUACGAACAGUCGAAGGUGGUAACUCUGACGAAGCAUCGCGACCUGCUUAAGCCUGCAGACGAGCAGCUACACGUGCUGCCUCUCUACGUCCUCGAGCCGACGGAUGAGCGAGGUUCCGCGGACGGAUACCGCGACAAGCUGCGCGACGGCUCCGUCGAGGAGCUGCAGCGGUUCGAGAAGAUCGUGCGAACGCGCGCCGCGCCCGCGCGACCCUGCAAGCGCAACAACUUCAAGUCGCCGUUCAAGAACCGCGCCGCCGCGGCUGCGACGAAGGUGGCGGCACCGGCGAGGCCCGCGGAGGCAGCGGCGCCCCCUGCGGGAAAGCAGGAGUUGCCGCCGCCACCGCGGUUCGACGAUCCGCAGGAGUAUUUCUUCGAGCAGUUGAAGGCGAACCCGAAUUUUCUCGAUCAGCAGCUGAAGAUGUUCCUCCAGCAAGAGCUUGGGGAGAAGCCCCCCGAAGGAGAGGCCGCUGCUGCAGCGGAGGAGGAGGAGAAGGCGGGGAAGAAGGCGGCGGGGGUGGGGGGGUACCAGAACGGGAAGAUGUCCCCGCAGCAGCAGCAGCAGCAGCAGCAGCAGCAGCAGGAGGAGGGCGGAGGCUUGUGGCCGUGGCCGAUGUUUCCGCAGCAGCAGCAGCAGCAGCAGCAGCAGCAGCAGCAGCCGGCGCAGUUGCAACAGCAGCCGCAGGAUGAGAAGCAGCAGCAGCAGCAGCAGAAGACGGAACCCAACGACGACGACUGGCUCGGUGCUGCUCACCUGGUGGCGCUACCGAUGCUGCAGCAGUCCGGCGACGCCAACGCGCAGCAGAGCGACGGUUGCCACGGCGACGGCGUGCGCGCAAACGGCGCGUGGAGUCGCGACGAGGGUGCGCCCCCUGGUGACCGUCCGGACGGCGGCGCGACAGACGUCCCUGGCGACGCUCGGAUGUUAUCGCCCGGCGAGCGCGUCGCCAUGGCGACCGACCGAAGCCUCGGGUCCGCAUUUCGUGGCGCCGCCCAGAUGCGGUCUAGUCCGCCGCCGCGACAGGAAGUGCGCGAGCGUCCGCUGAACUCCGACCUCAUGGCCGUGAAGACGCAGCUGCCGAUGAAGAUGGGCGACGACCUCGCGCUGACCCCGCGGAAAGGUCGCGGCCGGGGUCGCGGCGCGUCGCGGUCGCCCCGCACGCCCGGCGCCCCCUCCCGGUCUCCCGCCGCGUCGGACGCGUCCCCCGCCGGCCGCGGCGUCACGACGACGUCACCUAUGCAAGGCCGCUCUCCCUUCCCGCAGUUUUCGCCGGAUGCGGUGGAAGCGGUUGCCGGCGGCGACCGGCGGAGGAGCGCGGUCAUCAACCUCAUGCAGGGAUGCUUCAACGACGCGGCGCCGCCGUUGCCGACGAACGGAUUCGAGGGACUAGAGGACCAGCCAGGUGGCGCCGGCAUGGCAGGCCUCCGGCAGGGGGCGCCACCGCACGCAGGCAUCACUGCGCAGCAGCCGUUCGAUCUGUCAGCGACGUACGGCGGCGGCGGAGAUGGCAGCGCCACCUACCAGCCGCCGCCGUUCGCAAGCUUCCUCCCCGGCGGAGACGACUAUGCAACGGCGGCGCCACCUACCGCCGUCCAGGACGACUGCCGGCGAAACUACCAGCGCGGGGGCGCCACCGGCAGCGUGCCACCGGCAGCAUUGCCCGCAAUCCGGUGUAUCAGCCCGGCGUCGGGGAUGCUGCCAGGUGGCAGCACGGCGGCGCUGCAUGCGGUGUCGCCGUGGCGACAGCAGACGUCGCCGCAGCAACAGGACCAGCGGUCGGCGUUCAGCGCAUUCAAGCCAGUGGGGGCGGGUGUGUCGCCGCUGGCCUCCCCGCGCGCGAGCCCCGCCCCCAGCCCCGCGCCCCCCUCCCCCUACGGCGCCGUCCCACCCGCGCGCCCCUCCCCCCGCGCCUCCCCCUUCCAGCCGUGGGAGGCCGGCUUGUACCCGCCCCCCGCGGCAGCAGGGGGCGCCGCCGACUUCGCGCAGGUCGGCUGGACGACGAACGGACUCGGAUCGCCGUCAUCGAAUUCCCGGAACUCUCCCGGCGCUCCCUUCCCGAGGGUCGUCGGGUCGCCGCCGGGUCAGGGGUCGCCGGGGAUGCCGCCGCCGCACUCCCCCUCGCCUGCCGCGUCGCCGGCGCCCCCUGGUUACAGCGGAGGCGGCGGCGCUUUGGCGCGGCAGCUCUCCGGCGGUCAGUACGAGACGUCGGCCGCGGGUUAUCACGCACCGCCGGUUCCCUGCAAGCCGGAGUACACCCUGGACGAGCGAGGGUUCCUGCUGCACGGCGACGGCUCGGUGGCGCCCCCGCGACGACGCGUCUGCGACGAGGCGGGCGAGAAGACUGAGCCGUUGCCGGGGGCGAUGGGACCUCCCGCGUCGCCACGGCCGCGCGCCGCGGAGUUUGCGCUUCGGCAGUGUCCGCGCGCGCACGCCCGGCUGCCGUACGGCUACCACGACCCCGCCGCCGCCGGUUACCACGGUUACGCAUCGCCAACGUACCCCGGCGCCACCUACCAUCAGGGCGGCGCAUCGCCGUACUACCAGCAGCAGGGGGCGUUUCCUCCGCCGCAGUACGGCGCGUUUCACCACCAGCAGCCGCAGCAGCAGCAGCAGCCGCAGCCGCAGCCUCCGUACCAGCAUCCGGGAUUCCCGCAUCCGCCGGGCGCCGGCGCAGCGCGCUUCCAGCAGUCGCAGACGUACGGCUACCACGAGUAUCCGCAGGGGGCGCCGCCGAUGUCUCCCGCCCAGCAGGGGGCGCCGCCGAUGUCCCCGUCAUACCACGGUCGACCCCCGUUAUCACCUUCCUAUGCUGGACAUCCGCCAAUGUCACCCUCCCAUGCAGGACAUCCCCAAAUGUCACCCUCCCACAUGGGACAUCCCCCAAUGUCACCUUCCCAUGCAGGACAUCCCCCAAUGUCACGCUCCCACAUGGGGCAUCCCCCAAUGUCCCCUUCCCAUGCUGGACAUCCCCCAAUGUCCCCUUCACACGCAGGACAUCCUCAAGUGUCACCUUCACACGCAGGACAUCCCCCAAUGUCACCUUCCCAUGCAGGACAUCCCCCAAUGUCACCCUCCCACAUGGGGCAUCCCCCAAUGUCCCCUUCCCAUGCUGGACAUCCCCCAAUGUCCCCUUCACACGCAGGACAUCCUCAAGUGUCACCUUCACACGCAGGACAUCCCCCAAUGUCACCUUCCCAUGCAGGACAUCCCCCAAUGUCACCUUCCCAUGCAGGACAUCCCCCAAUGUCACCUUCUCAUGCAGGACAUCCCCCAAUGUCACCUUCUCAUGCAGGACAUCCGCCAAUGUCACCUUCGCACCCUCCAAUGUCGCCCUCGCGUGGGGGACGACCCCCCAUGUCGCCCUCCCAUGUCGCGCGACUGCCCACGCCUCCGUCCUACGCCGGUCGCCCGCGCGCGCCGCCCGCCGGCUACCCCGGCGCCCCCUCGUCGAAGAAGACGAAGACGAAAAACAAUGGAGCGUUUGCGCCGUCGCUCGCCGGCUACAGCCACAGCGACCGCAAGCGCGAGAUGGACCUGAAGGGGGCGGAGAUCGAGCAAACGAUGACGGACGGGUGCCAGCGCGACUCCGCCCCCGCCGUUGACGCAGGGGCGCCACCGGGCCAGCACGACAUCAGCGAGUCGUACUCGUCGAACGCGGAGAAGUUCGCCGACGCCGACGUAGGUGGCGUCGCGAUCGCGCUCUGCCAUGGCGCCGUGCUCUUCGAGUGUGCGAAGCGGGAGCUGCACGCGACGACGGCGAUACGCGACCCGAACCGCCUCGCGCCGACACGCGUCUCCCUCGUCUUCUACCAGCACAAGCACCUCAACUACCGGCACCACGGCCUCGCGGAGUACGAGCGCGCGGCGGAGAGGAGGCGCGCGGAGAAGGCGGCGCGAGGGGAGGAGCCGGUGCGACCGGGGAGGAAGCGGCGCGCAGAGCCGCAGCCGGCGGCCGGGAUGGUCGCCGCGGCGACGGACGAGGGAGCGUUCAUCGACGCGGCACCGCCGCACGGCGUGACGACGCGACGGUGCGUCGCCUCGACGACCGACAGCCUUGUGACGCUGUUCAGCUACGCGUUCACGUCCGUGACGGGACCGUACCGGACGUUUGUGUGAUGCACGCGCCUCAGCCAGCGGGCGCCACCGACGGCCGUAACCGCCUCCCAGGGGGCGCUGUUCCACAGACUGCAAGGACUGACGACCUACGUCGGUGCACCGAUGCGAAAUGGCUGCGCCACGGCAACUGCUGACCACCUGAUUCACCAGAUGACUGAUCGAGUUGUGGGCACCAGAGGGCACCACCGUCUUGCUGCGUCGCCGCGACUGCGUCGAGUCGAACUACGUGAGACGUGUGCAAAGCUCGCUGCGAGUGUGUGCACGUGUAGACGGUUCCCUGAUCGCCGUCUUCUCUGUGUUUUAUAGAUCGCCGGGAUCCGUCGGCGAUCGUUAGCUUGCGUUACGGCGAGCGGAGCGUCGGUUAGGGACACAGAUUAUGCAGUUUUUAUUGAAGCGUGUUCGUACGCGUAUAGCCAUUUAUGUAUGGUACAUAUGUGGCUGUAUAUCUGUGUAUAUGUGCGUGCGUGCGUGCGUGUGAGUGUAUGUAUGUGACUGUCGCACCUAUCCAUUGCAUUUAAUAUGUCGCGUACCCUUAUUUAAAGGAAAGCUGCAAUAUGAAAUUGUCCGUUCUCACGACAACGACCACUGCCAGGGCGCGUCGCGCCCUCCCUUGCACGUAACCACGGCGACGGCAUCUCCCGUAAAGAUGGGGUACCCUCCGCGCCGUGCAAUCAAUUGUGUUAGCAAUGAACUCACUGCCAUGUAGCGAUGUUCGGGUUUUACAUUUCUACUACCAUAUUCAUUGACUGGCGCUGCGUCCUCGGCGAACGGUCAGCGAACCUAGACUCAGAGGUCACCACUGCCAUCUAAGCGUCUAUAGACUGUCGACCGAUCGACAGGUUGUUCGUCUGUCUCGUAGGGAGAUGCGUGGCGGAAGGGGGGGGGGCGUGUUUAACGCAGGAGAGGAAGCCACGGCGCGCCACGCCACCUUCUCCAUUGUAAAUAGUAAUUUGUCGUCGCUGUUCGUCAGUUUGUCGCUAAGAGAGACUUCCUCUCUCCUCCUCCUCUCCCCUACCCCUCCCCCUCCUGCGGCUCUCUGUCUCUCACCGCACUCCCUUCUCCAU